GCAAUACGUAAGUUAGUGCUGCCAUUUCGGUUGCACUGCGGUGUUUAGCCAUUGGCGUUGACAAUUGUGUGAAAAAUCUUCAGCGCAGACGACUUUCAAAUAGAAUAAGCAGUGAAUAAGUGUUGAGUUAAAUUUGCGGAUAAAUUUAUAUGCAAAUCAGCGAAAUCGUGUAAAUUAUGUGCUAAAUUGGGAACGGGGGCUGGAGCACAACUUCAAGAGUUAGCUGAGUACGUAUUGGAGCAGCUGGUGAUACGCGCAUUACGCAGAUUUCUCCAUUGUAUGAGGCCGCAAAGUUUUAAAUAAAAUAAUAAAACUAUUUUCAACAGUAAUCUUCAUUUGUGGGCGUCAGCAAGUUCGAUUUUUUCAUUUGGAGAACAACUUUGAAGUUUUGGAAAUUUUUGGCAUAUCUUCCCAAUUACCUUUAACUUACGCUUUGUAGCGUACAGAGGACAGCAACACGUGUAAAACAAAAACAUAUACUCAGCCAAAAUGGCAACUGGUGAGACAGCGGAUGCCAUUGAAAUGGAAACAGUUAACCGACAAAACUCAAAUGAGCCAGCGAAAGUUGACAAUGUUGCCAACAUCCCGCCUGAAACCUCGAAGCCGUCCACACCUACGCCACCACUUGCUGUCAACACCGUCACCAUAACGCCGCUUGUCACGCCGGAGAAGAGAUUAUCUGGUGAUGAAACCUUAGCACAAUUACAGGACGUACAUCAAAGCACGAAUGCCGUAAAUAGUAUAUUACCUGCUGCGCCAUCGACGUCACGCAACUUUUAUAGUGAGGCAGCUGCGGCACACGGUGGCGACGAGUCUACACGGCUCAUGCAGGCUGAAAUGGAAAUUAGUGCGGCGCAGCAACAGCGCCUACGUAGUGCCAGUUCGACAUUAGACGCCAGUGUAUCGAGAAAUCCGUCAGCGGCCGGUAAGCAUGAGAAGAAAAUUGGACAUCGGCGCGUUGACGAAGGUGGCGAGGUGACAUAUAAACGCAUACAAUCUAAGCAAAUAAUGGGCUCCAUUCAGUUGGGCAUACAACAUACGGUUGGCAGUUUGGCCAGUAAACCCAAACGGGACUUGCUCAUGAAAGACUUUUGGGAAAUGGAAACAAUAGCUUUUCCACCAGACGGUUCAUCCAUAACGCCAGCUCAUCAUUAUAGCGAAUUUCGUUUCAAAGUUUAUGCGCCCAUUGCUUUUCGGUACUUUCGCGAUUUGUUCGGCAUAGCACCCGAUGAUUUUCUCAUGUCGAUGUGUGCUUCACCGCUGCGCCAACUAUCGAAUCCAGGCGCAUCCGGUUCGAUAUUCUAUUUGACCGACGACGAUGAGUUUAUCAUAAAGACAGUGCAGAAGAAGGAAUGUGAAUUUUUACAAAAACUACUGCCGGGCUACUAUAUGAACCUGUCACAGAAUCCGCGCACGUUACUGCCAAAAUUCUUCGGGCUCUACUGCUUUCACUACAAUGCGAAGAAUGUGCGUCUGGUGGCGAUGAACAAUCUAUUGCCCUCUGAUAUCAAAAUGCACGCGAAAUACGAUUUGAAAGGCUCCACAUUUCGUCGCAAGGCAUCAAAAACCGAACGGCAGAAAGCCAGUCCCACCUUCAAAGAUUUAGAUUUCAUGGAGCAUCAUCCGAAUGGUAUUUUUCUAGAAACAGACAAGUACAACGCACUCAUAAAGACAAUACAGCGAGAUUGUAUGGUGCUUGAGAGUUUCCAGAUAAUGGACUACUCGCUGCUCGUGGGUAUACACAAUUUGGACUUGGCGCAAAAAGAAAAACGUGAGGAGCGCAUACGAAAUGCACGUGCCAAACUGCAACGCUCCGAAGAGGUACGCGAGGCACCAGAGCCACCAGAUUUCGACCAAACAAUGAAUGCAGGCUCAACCACUGCGCUACAAUCGGCUGGUACCGCAUUGAAUCGCUCGCGCAGCAUGAACCGCCAACGCUUGGUGGCACAUUCUACGGCACUCGAAUCGAUCACCGCCGACAUGGACAUACCCAUGGAGGAAGACGAAGAUGUGCCAGCGGGCGGCAUACCAGCACGUUCCGAGAACGAUGAACGUCUGAUCCUCUACAUCGGUAUAAUCGAUAUCUUGCAAUCGUACCGUUUAGAGAAGAAGCUGGAACACACGUUCAAGAGCAUCAUUUACAAUGGCGACACGGUGUCGGUGUGCCGACCAUCUUUCUAUGCGCAACGUUUCCAAAAUUUCAUGGGUAAAACUGUGUUCAAGAAGACGCCCACCUUUCCGCUGAAACAUUCCCCCUCGAAGCGAAAGAGCUCGACAACGCUGCGCACACCACAACGCACGCCAUCCCAGAACUUGGCCUCGCAUACACGCCCACCGCUGUUAUCCGGUUCAUCGACGCCGCCACCAGCCUUCGAUGAUAUCUCCGAGGAAGAUAUUACCGCUACGCCCUCCACCACGGGCGGCAUGUACCGCAACUCAGCAAUUAAUGGCGGUCGUCCCCACUUGGCGCCGCAACGCUCCUACCUGAGUUCCAAUCGCAGCGCUAUAAGUAGCGCCACCGACGACUACAGCGACGAUGAGGUAGCCUCCAGCAAUGGCGCGCGCUCGCCCACACGCCGUGCACGAUCGCCGCGGCUCUCCAAAACCGACGUGCAGGUGACCACCAUCGGCUGCAUUGAAGACGAGCCGGUGCAAGUGCACGACGGCGACAACAACGGCAUUGUAGUGAACACCAAGUCUGGUGUGCUCAUGAGCAGUACCGAGGAAAUCAACGCUAACGGUAUCCAGCGUAAAACAACGCUUGUGAAGGCGGUGCAGUCGCAAACCUACACAACCACUUUGGUGCUGAACGAUGUCAGAUGAGUGCAAAGCAACGUCUGUAGCGCUACGAGCGGCGUUGAUGCGGGGUUAGCAGGAGAACCAGUACAUGUAGUAAGGAAAGUGAUCGUGUGAUUAGCAAAAAUAUGAUUUAAAUAAACGAAAAGUUGAACGUACCGACAGCUGGCAGCACUAAAAGCAACUAAACAAACAAUUGUUCGUCGGCUGGGGGUGAAGCAUGUCUGGCAUGCCCGAAUGCCAGCCAUCAUAUACCAAGUGCGCUUAUUACUACACUAAACAAUCGCCUAUUUAUUAGAAUUAAUGUUAGCUGUUAAAUGUACUCGAAGUCUGCGGCCGCCGAUGCAAUAACGGUUGUUUUUAUUUGCAUGCAAAUCGCCUGAUUAGUGCCUGAUAAUUUCGGUUAUGAAAAGUGUUGCUGCGCAGGUGCUUGCUGCCUUACGAAUCGAAAAACGAAAUCUACUUUUAAGCUUUAUGUUUCCUUGAGUAUUACUUUCUUUCGUUAUCUGCUUUAUUUACUUUAUGCUUAUUUGUGGCUAUCAUCAAUAUUAUUUAAGCGUUUACUUUUCGUUGACUAUCUUCAAUUAAUUGACCAAUGUGCGAUUAUAAUGAUAAUUAAAUAUUCAUAUGCUUACAUACACACACUUAUUUAUGGCACAGGCGCAGUAGAACUGCGUAUAUUAGAAAAAAGAUUAUAUAAUUUUUAAGUGUUUCGGUGAUACAGAUUUUUGUUGUUAGAAAACGUUUUCAUAUGAAGAAUUACACAGCUAUGCUCGCUGGUAAGGCGUUCGGUAAAGUUAGCUAACGGAUUAACCACUGGUAUUAGCGAUAAUCUAACUACCUUGCUAUUAUAACUUUUAGCUCUAAUAUUAAUUAUUUAUAACGUAUUUAUCCUACUGAUUGUAAAGCAAGUUUAAGAGUCUACUAUAAUCAUAGUAUUACACAGCGAACCGACAUAAAACGCAAUCUUUAUAUUUUUAUGUACAUACAUAUGCUAUAAAUAAAUGAAUGUAAUUUUCAACAAAAAAAUAUAAAAAGAAA